AUGAAUCUAGUGAACAUCGUACAACAUCUUGAUUUAACUAAAGCCGAAUUUGGUUCCGAAGCUACAACAACAACACGGGAUAUAAUAUUUGCUUCGCAGCAGUUAUUUGAAAUAUUCAAAACUUUCCAACACAGUUACUUCAGCGAACUCCAUACUUAUCACCCUCUUGAAUUUGAUGAUAAAUACGAUGCUAUGAUUGAUGAAGAAGAGAGUAGUGAUGAGUCGGAUGAUUAUGAAGAAAACCAGGAACAAGUAUUAGAAAUCAUUUCACUUUGGAAGAGAUGA